AUGGACCCAAAAUUGCACCCUGCAAUAACAGUUUCCAACAUCAAAAACUUUGUCCCCAUAACCCUUGAAAUGGAAACAAGCCAAUAUGCAUCAUGGGCCGAGCUUUUCAAAAUACAUUGCCGAGCGUUUCAAGUUAUUGACCAUCUAUCUCCUCGCGAUAAAGACCCACCAUCCGCUGCCACAAAAGACGGUGACACUAGCAAACAACCGACUUCAACAGACGAUGUAUGGACCCGUCUUGAUGCCAUAGUCCUUCAAUGGAUCUAUGGCACCAUUUCUCAUGACCUUUUAAGUACUAUAAUCCGACCCGAUUCAUCCGCAUGCUAUGCUUGGACAGCCCUAAAAAGCAUCUUUCAUGACAAUCAGGCUACACGGGCGGUACUGUUGCAAAAGAAGUUCGCCAACAUCAAGCUUGACUCAUUUUCUUCAAUGUCUGCUUAUUGCCAGGAAGUUAAAAUACUUUCGGAUCAACUCGCCAACGUCGGCUCACCCGUGACCGAACGUACCCGUAAUUCAAUUACUGACCGGUCUGAAUGA